CGGGAGGCCGUGGGCUUCUGGGCUGACUUCUGCUCGACUGCACGCAGGCAUGGAGACCCCUCUGGAGAAGGCGCUCACCACCCUCGUCACCACCUUCCACAAGUACUCGGGCAGGGAGGGCAGCAAGCUCACGCUGAGCCGCAGGGAGCUGAAGGAGCUGAUCAAGAACGAGCUGUGUCUCGCCGAGAAGAUGAAAGAGAGCAGCAUCGACAAUCUGAUGAAGAGCCUGGACAAGAACAGCGACCAGGAGAUCGACUUCAAGGAGUAUUCGGUGUUCCUGACCACGCUGUGCAUGGCCUACAAUGACUUCUUCCUGGAGGAGAACAAGUGACCAGCCCCGCCUGCGCCCACCUGUCCCCUCUGGGCCGCCCUCUCAACCCUCCCUGCACUCCUUGGAGUCCCCCUACCUGACACAGAAAAU